ACGCGGCGGCGCCGGAAGUCGGGGUGCCCAGGAGCCGGGAGGAAUACUUGGCUGCUUGCUGCCGGGGCGUGGGGGGAUCCUGGCUGCCAUGGUGUCAGACGAAGAUGAAUUGAAUCUUCUGGUUAUCAUAGUUGAUACCAACCCAAUUUGGUGGGGGAAGCAAGGAUUAAAGGAAUCUCAGUUUACUUUAUCAAAAUGCAUAGAUGCUGUGAUGGUGCUGGGAAAUUCUCAUUUAUUCAUGAAUCGUUCCAACAAACUUGCCGUGAUAGCAAGCCACAUUCAAGAAAGUCGAUUCUUAUAUCCUGGGAAGAAUGGCAGACUUGGAGACUUCUUUGGAGACCCCGGCAACCCUCCUUCUGAAUUCAGCCCCUCAGGGAGCAAAGACGGCAAAUACGAGUUGUUCACAGCAGCGAAUGACAUCAUUGCUGAAGAAAUUAAAGAUCUCAUGACCAAGAGUGACAUAAAGGGUCAACAUACGGAAACUCUGCUGGCGGGAUCCCUCGCCAAAGCUCUUUGCUAUAUUCAUAGAAUGAACAAGGAGGUUAAAGAUAAUCAAGAAAUGAAAUCGAGGAUUUUGGUGAUUAAGGCUGCGGAAGACAGCGCACUGCAGUACAUGAACUUCAUGAAUGUCAUUUUCGCAGCACAGAAGCAGAAUAUUUUGAUCGAUGCCUGUGUUUUAGACUCGGAUUCGGGACUCCUCCAACAGGCCUGUGACAUCACAGGGGGACUGUACUUGAAGGUGCCUCAGAUGCCCUCCCUCCUGCAGUAUUUACUGUGGGUUUUUCUUCCCGAUCAAGAUCAAAGAUCUCAGUUAAUCCUCCCACCCCCGAUUCACGUGGACUACCGGGCUGCUUGCUUCUGUCAUCGAAAUCUUAUUGAAAUUGGCUAUGUCUGUUCUGUGUGCUUGUCAAUAUUCUGCAAUUUCAGUCCUAUCUGCACCACCUGCGAGACAGCCUUUAAGAUUUCGCUGCCUCCGGUGCUGAAGGCCAAGAAAAAGAAACUGAAAGCAUCAGCAUGAUCGUAAGAUCCACCCGCCCCCACACUCUGCCCAUCUUUUUGAGCCUAUGAAUAGAAAUUGUAUGGCAGAGUCUGUGUUGGGAAGGCCCCGAAAAAAUACAGCAUGUGUAGGAUAAUUUUUACUGACAUUUCUUACGGGAAAGAUUUCUAAACCAUUAUCCUCGUCCUGUGCUUUUGGGAGACUGCUUUUUUUGAGGGAGUCAUUCUAUGCAAUGUACCCCAAAUCGUUUCUGACUGGUUUUUGGCCACAAAGGGAGAAGAGAAGAAAGCACAAAUCAGUUAGUGACUUUUUUUUUUUUUUUUUUUAAAUGAGGUGCUCAUUUGUCAGUCAGCCCGUCCUGACUGAUCACAGGCUUUGGACUCUGUUACCCAUGACUAGGUUCUUACUGUGAAUGCACGACCCGUGACAUUUGAGUGCAGUUUUGGAGAAAGCAACCGUGCGGUGAUGGCAUUAUUCAACAUAGACCAUCCUCCUUGAUUCCGCAGCUGACUUUUACAGUGGUCAUGUAAAUAAACUCCCGAUUGUCGAAAUUCAGAUUAGCUGCAGAUACAGAUAUGUUUUCUUUUCUCUGACAUCAUUCCGUGUCUGGACACAGUCAUCCAAAUAGUAACAGUUUGUCACCGAAUAAGUAAGUGCAAAGUCCGAUCUUGAGUGAGUGAGGAGAGUGGGUGCAGGACUCUGGCGGCAACUCUUUCUUCAGAGAUAGUUGUGUGAGAGCUGAUUUGUGAAAGCCGGUGUCUGGGUUCAGAGGGGGACUCUCUUGGGGAGAAUGGAUUUUUUUACGGUUCAGUGUGGUCCCCCAGAUAGAAUUCUUUCCUUUUGUAAUGAGGGGGAAAAAAAAAAAAAGCAAUAAUGUUGGAGAACUGUUCUCUAGAAGCUUUGGGUUU